AUGGAUGGGGAGAGUGGUCGUGCAAGGACGACAUCUGAUGCGCAGCCCCCACAGUCACCGGGCCAGAACCGAGAUGCCAGUGACACGGACUACAUCUCACCCACGAGAACCAACGGUGCUGUUGAGGACAGUGGUGCCCGGCGACGAGGCUCGUUUGCCUCAAGACGCAGUAGUGAGAGCAGAGUGCCCAGCUUGGCUCCGCUCACCACUCUCGCGCAGCGCACGCAGGGCAGGUUCACCCUAGCGGGACCGGAGGAAACGCUCCAGCUGCGCUCGGCUCAGGAGCCCUUUGUCCAACCGGGCUAUGCGGAUUUGAAUCCCUCUUAUGAACAGCCAUCCAAUGCCAGACCGGUCUGGUCACUGGCCAAGCCGCUGCCCCGUGUGGUGCGGCCGGGAAUGGUGCCGACCAAGCAAGAGCUCUUGCAGAACCUAGCAAACGCCCAGCGUCCCACGGAGAACUCGGACAGACUCAAUCUCGACGUCGACGCAAAUGACGUCGAGCAGGGGCGCAUUGAUAAGACUGCCGACCCGCGGAAGAUGAAUGCACAGGUCGACGAUGCUCGUUUGCAGCGAGAGACCAAUUUUAUGAACAAGAUACUCGCCGGGGAUGGGACCUCUGUCAGACAGCCCUCGCGCAUGUCGCGUAGCUCGUCGGUGCGGCGAAGACGCCCUACGGUGGGGGAAAUGCCUCUAGAUCAACUGUCGACUGUCCCGGAAGGAGAUUCCCAACUCGAUGACGAACCAGGGGAGCGGUCGGGGGUCGGUGACGAACUAGGAGAUCAAGACCUAGGUGCGAAGCUGGAUCAACUCUUGAGUGCCCAGGAACUAGAAAAGUCCGGUUACCCGGACGAUAUGCACCCGCUCGUGCAGGAUUUGAUCGAGGAUGAAGUACACAACAACCACACCGUCUGGUCUGUGAUCCGUACCCACCACCGGGAGGCUUUCGCCGAGGCGCUUGGUGUAUUUGUUCAGCUCACCUUGGGCUUCUGUGUCGACUUGUCGGUCACUGUCGCCAAUCAGGGAAACCCUAAUACCACCUCCUGGGGCUGGGGCUUGGCGACCAUGAUGGGCAUCUACAUUUGUGGUGGUGUUUCCGGUGCCCACCUGAAUCCAAUUGUGACGAUGGUACUGUGGUUCUUCCGUGGUUUCCCUAAACGCAAGAUGCCCGAGUACUUCGCUGCUCAGUUCUUAGGUGCCUUCUUCGCUGGUCUGGCUGCGUAUGGUAUCUACUACCAAUCCAUUCAGAACUACCUCCACCUCAACCCCGACACCGGUAUCAUCAAUAGCUUCGUGACCAAUUCACGUGAAGUAUGGAUUGGUCCUGCGACGGCGUUCUUCAACGAGUUUCUCGGUGCCGCCUUUUUGAUCGUGACAGUCCUGGCUCUUGGUGACGACCAGAACGCCCCACCCGGCGCUGGAAUGAACUCGCUCAUCAUUGGGUUGGUCAUUUCUUGUCUGUGUAUGUGCUUUGGCUACCAAACUGGAGCGGCAUUUAACCCGAGUCGCGACUUUGGUCCUCGGCUUGCACUGCUGGCGGUGGGGUUUCCCAACACCCUGUUCACCAACCCAUACUGGUUCUAUGGACCUUGGGCUGGGGCUCUCAGUGGUGGGUUCAUUGGCGCUUUCCUGUAUGACUUCUUCAUCUUUACUGGUGGUGAGUCCCCUAUCAACUACCCGCUCGAGCGCACCCAGCGCGCCAUGACCAAGAGUAAAACCAAGUGGAAGCGUCGACUGCAUCUGAAGUAA